AUGGACAUCAACCCAUACCGGUUUCGGGUCCCCAAACCCAACUAUCUUCCGCACAAGCAAGACGUCGACGACGACGACGCCAUCAUCCACGAGUACGGCAGCACGCCCCUCGGCCAGCCCAGCGAGCUGGACAACGCCAAGUUCUACAACAAGUGCAAGCGCCUCGCCGAGGAAUCCGGCAUAACCCGGCCCCGGGGCUGCAACGUCUCGUUCCACUGCAACCCGGACAUGGAGAAGCACCAUUUCGGCAUGACGCACCCCAUGAAGCCGUGGCGCCUCACCCUCUCCAAGAGCCUCAUCUACUCGUACGGCAUGUCCUUCGCCAUGGACAACUACAUCUCCCGCGCGGCAACCUACGAGGAGCUGGCCUCCUUCCAUUCCACCGACUACCUCGACUUCCUCGGCACCGUCCUGCCGGAACCGGUCCCGCGGGACCUGGAAAACCAGAAUCCCGACCUCAAGUUCAACCUGGGCGGCUCCGACUGCCCGCUCUUCGAUGGCCUGUACGACUACUGCUCCAUGUCUGCCGGCAGCGCGCUCGACGCCGCCCGGAAGAUCACGUCCAACCAGUCGGACAUUGCCAUCGCCUGGGGGGGCGGCCUCCAUCACGCCAAAAAGGCCGAGGCCUCGGGCUUCUGCUACAUCAACGACAUUGUCAUUGCCAUUCUCGAGCUCCUCCGCUUCUACCCCCGCGUCCUCUACAUCGACAUCGACGUCCAUCACGGGGACGGCGUCGAGGAGGCCUUCUUCUCCACGGACCGCGUCAUGACCGUCUCCUUUCACAAGUACGACCCCACCAACUUCUUCCCCGGCACGGGAGCCCUGGACGACAACGGCCCCAAGAACGAGCACAACCCGGGCGCUCACCACGCCGUCAACGUGCCUCUAAACGACGGCAUCACCGACGAGCAGUACGAGAUGCUGUUCAACUCCAUCAUUGGCAAGAUUGUCGAAAAGUUCCGCCCCAGCGCCAUCGCCCUGCAGUGCGGCGCCGACUCCCUCGCCGGCGACCGCCUGGGCCGCUUCAACCUCCAGGUGCAGGGCCACGGCGCGUGCGUCGAGUUUUGCAAAAAGGUCGGCCUGCCGCUCAUCCUGUUCGGCGGCGGCGGCUACACGCCCCGGAACGUUGCUCGCGCCUGGACCUACGAAACCAGCAUCGCCAUCGGAUGCCAGGACAAGAUCAACCCCGUCCUCCCCCAGCACACCCCCUGGCGCAGCCAGUUCAGGCAGGACACCCUUUUCCCCACGCUUGAGCAGAUCUUGGGCGAGCCGCGACAGAAUCGCAAUCCUCAAAAGCGCCUGCAGGAAAUCGUCCAGCACGUUUCGGAACAGCUUCGCUUCGUCCAAGCCGCCCCGAGCGUCCAGAUGCAGGCCAUCCCACCCGAUCUCGGCGCCCUCCGGCAGGAGGUCGAGGAGAGGAUGAAGGAGCAGAACGAAGAGCGGAGCGACGAGAUUCGACGGGCUCGCGAAGCCGCAGUAGGCACUCGAAUGGAGCUGUGA